AUGACCGCUCUACGCAACAAGCUCCUCUCCUACCUCCUCCUGCUCGUCUGGGCCGUGCCCACGGCGUUUGCGCUCGCCCUGCCCUCCCUCGACGACGGCCUCUCCCUCCUCGAACGCGCGAGCAGCAGCAAGAAAAAGACGUCGACCAAGAAGGGCCUCAGCCGCGCCGCCAUCAUCGGCAUCGUCGUGGCCGUCGUGGUGGUGGUGAUCAUCGCCGUGACCCUGAUCAUCUGCUGCGUCUGCCUGAAGAAGUGCCGGGGCGGCAAGAAGGGCAAGAAGGACGCCAACGCCGGCGCCGAGCCCAUGCGCCCCUACGGCCAGUCCACCGAGUACUCGAACCAGGCGCCGCAGCACAGCGGCGUGAGCCAACCUUACGUUCCCUCCCAGGGCCACUACGCUCCCCCGACCGGCCAGUACGCUCCUCCCCAGGGCGCACCCCCUCAGAGCGGCUACUACGCCUAG